AUGGCCGCCCCAGCAAUAAAUAACGAGAUUAUCGAUGUCUUGGCCAUUGACGGUCAUGGUCUACAGAAGUUGCUGCAGUCUGGUGAAGUAACCAGUCUGAGCCUUGUUGGUCAAUAUCUUGCUCAAAUUGAAAAGCAUGAAAGCAAGCUUCAUGCCAUGAUAAAGACAACACCCAAGGAUCUGUUAGAAAAUACAGCCAGAUCGCUUGAUGAGGAGAGAGCUGCUGGCAAGUUGCGAGGCCCACUGCAUGGAAUUCCAAUCAUUAUCAAGGACAACAUUGCUACCCAUCCCGACCUCGGUCUUCCAACUAGUGCGGGCAGUCUGGCUCUAUUAAACUCCAAGCCUCGGCGGAAUGCAAAAAUCGUUGAUCAGAUUAUCGCCGCAGGCCUCAUUAUUCUUGGAAAAGCCAACUUAGCUGAAUUCUCCAAUGUUCGAGCAUCUGGAGUACCAAACGGUUGGUCCGCUGUCGGCGGUCAAGUUCAAUCGGCCUAUGUUCGUGGAGGAAUUGAUCCAGAUGACUCCCCCGAGGGCCACUCCAACCCUUCGGGCUCAUCUAGUGGCUCCGCAGUCGGGGUUUCCGCUGGAUAUGCACCAUUUUCGAUCGGAAGCGAGACGGACGGGUCCCUCACAGUCCCGGCUGGCCGGGCUGCUCUGUAUACUAUCAAGCCCACGAUUGGUCUUGUUCCUUCAGAUGGCAUCGUUCCCAUCUCCAUCAACUUUGAUGCAGCCGGACCGAUGACAAAGUCUCCGUACGAUCUGGCUGCGCUUUUGGAUGUGCUGUCUGCACCAUCUCCUUCGAUUUCGUUCACACAAUAUUUGACUGCAUCCUGGUCAGACAUUUCCGUUGGUGUUCUCGACCCGGAGCAGUGGCGACUUCCUGAAUCCGAAGUCAAGCAUGCCGAAGGUGCAGAGGCUCAAAUGAUGCAAGAUAUCCGCCAGGCGUAUGAAGUCAUCAGGCCUCAUGCACGUAAAUUUGUCGACAAUAUUGACUUGGUCCAGCCCGAUAAAUUCGAACUAGAUGGAGAAAAUUGUGAAUGGAGAAUUAUAUUCGCAGAUUUGAAGCGAGAUCUCAAUGCAUACCUCGCAGAUCUUGAAGAGGCCGAAGUGCGAUCCCUCGAGGAGGUGAUUGAAUAUAACAACAAGCAUGCUGAUCAAGAGCUUCCCCCUCGUAUGCACCCCGCUGGAUAUCGGUCGUAUCUCUCUAACCGAAAAAUCACAGACCACCCGAAACAAGACAUCCUUAUUGCUUCUCAGGAUCUGGAGAUGUCUCUGGAGGAGUAUGAGCGACGCUUGGCCCACCUCAGGCAUGUAGCAAGAGAUGAAGGUUUAGACCGGGUUCUUAAGACUCAUGGAAUUGAUGUUAUUCUUGCACCAACUGAGUCUGAGAUCACUUCAAUCGCCACAGGUGGAGGUAGAGCCCCCCAGUCCUCUCUUUCGUGA